AUGUGGUCCCCGGAGCGGGAGGCCCAAGUCCCGGCCGGGGGGGACCCGGCGGGCUUACUGCCCCCCGAGUGGGAGGAGGAUGAGGAGCGCAUGUCCUUCCUGUUCUCCGCGUUCAAAAGGAGUCGCGAGGUGAACAGCACCGACUGGGACAGCAAGAUGGGCUUCUGGGCGCCGUUGGUGCUGAGCCACAGCCGCCGCCAAGGGGUGGUGCGCCUGCGUCUGCGGGACUUGCAGGAAGCUUUUCAGCGCAAGGGCAGCGUCCCGCUGGGGCUGGCCACGGUGCUGCAGGAUUUUUGCAGUCGAGGGGAGCUGCAGCGGGAGUCAGACUUCAUGGCCAGUGUAGACAGCAGUUGGAUCUCCUGGGGCGUUGGAGUCUUCCUGCUGAAGCCCCUCAAGUGGACUCUUUCCAACAUGCUAGGGGAUAAUAAGGUUCCUGCUGAGGAGGUGCUUGUGGCUGUGGAGCUGCUUAAGGAGAAGGCUGAGGAGGUGUAUCGUCUGUAUCAGAGCUCACCUCUCUCCUCCCACCCUGUGGUGGCCUUGUCAGAGCUGAGUACCCUCUGUGCGGGCUCCUGUCCCGACGAGAGGACCUUCUACUUGGUGUUGCUACAGCUACAGAAAGAGAAGAGAGUCACAGUCCUCGAGCAGAAUGGGGAAAAGAUUGUAAAGUUUGCCCGGGGGCCACAUGCCAAGGUCUCUCCUGUCAACGACGUAGAUGUUGGGGUGUACCAGCUGAUGCAGAGUGAACGGCUGCUCUCGCGCAAAGUGGAGUCCUUAUCCCAGGAAGCAGAGAGGUGUAAAGAAGAAGCCCGUCGGGCAUGCCGAACAGGAAAGAAGCAGCUGGCACUGAGGUCCCUCAAGGCCAAACAACGGACAGAGAAGCGCAUUGAGGCCCUGCAUGCCAAGCUGGACACUGUUCAAGGCAUCCUGGACCGGAUCUAUGCCUCCCAGACAGAUCAGAUGGUUUUCAAUGCCUAUCAGGCUGGGGUAGGAGCCCUAAAACUCUCCAUGAAGGAUGUCACAGUGGAGAAGGCAGAGAGCCUCGUGGAUCAGAUUCAAGAGCUGUGUGACACCCAGGAUGAAGUGUCUCAGACUCUGGCUGGUGGGGUAACCAAUGGCUUAGAUUUUGACAGUGAGGAACUAGAGAAGGAAUUGGACAGCCUUCUUCAGGAUACCACCAAAGAACCUUUGGAUCUGCCCGACAACCCCCAUGAGUUGUUUUAUACCAACAGUGUGCCUAUCCCUAGGAUCUCGGAUGCUGAACUUGAAGCUGAACUUGAGAAACUGUCUUUAUCAGAGGGAGGUUUGGUCCCAAGCAGUAAAUCUCCAAAAAGGCAAUUGGAACCAACUCUCUAAAGCCAUUGUAGGACCCUCAAGUGAAGGACCUUCAUAUAAAAGAGAGACCAGGCUUGUAUGUGUGUACAUAGUUAUUUAAAUGAGAAACUCAGAAUUUUUGGGAAGAGGAGGAAGGAGAACCACUCUGAUUUAUCUGGAUGCUACUACUUACUACAGGACAGAUACAGUUUCUGGAAGCGCGCUCCAAAGGCUUGCUCCCAGCUGGUAUCAUGGACCUGCCUUCUCAUCUUUAUAGUGCCACAAUUUAUACAGUUCUGUGUUUGACCUGUCGUCUCUCAUAGCCUGCAGUUCUUGCCAUUGGCUCAGUUAGGUUUGUCUUCACCCACCAGCUUUGUUCCAGCCAAUGGAGGUGAAAUUUUGCAGCUUUGCUAAAUCAAAAUCAGUCUUCUUCCCCCACCCCUACUGUUUCAUAGAGGAAUGUGUUCUGUCUGUAAGGUCAGUUAAACAGCUUGUUCCGGUCCCUCUCUACUUUCACUGCAACGAGAAGAAUG